CGCUGCGGCAGCAUUGCUGUCUUCUGCAGCCGGCUGGGGGAGAGCAUCCGUCGAGUAGCCUGAGCAGUAGAAAAGAUCACGGAAUCGGAAUUAUCGUUACAUCAUGAAGCUGUGGUAACUAGUAACAUAGUUAGCUAGACCCCCCUUGUGGCGGUUAUUGGUUAACGUGCUAAGAGCAGAAACGUAACGUUAUUCAUUUAACGUUAGCGAGCAAACUGUCCAAAGCCAAAAGGUUCCGUCAGCGAUUCGAUAUUCCCUCGUCUCUAAAGAUUCUGGCAGAGUUGUGCAGACUCAGGACAACUGAGCUUUGGAGGAAUACGCAGAUAUAAAGAGGACUCCAAUGAGUGUACUUGCAGCAGCACAGAAAGCAGAUAACAACAGUGAAAUGCAGUCGCCUGCAGUGUCUCCUUCCUUCCUCCCCAGCCAGCCAGGAAAGAUUCCCGGCAGGAAGAGAGGGAGACCCCCACUUCAUCGCAAGAUGGAUUUUCCAACCCACUACCCUGACUCCCUUCCUCCUCUCAAAGUUCCCAAGAAGAGGGGGAGAAAGCCUGGCUUCAAGCUGAAGCCCAGGAUGGUGAUGACUCCCCUGGCCAUCUCUCCUCCCAGCAGCACCCCCGAACCAGACAUGAGCUCCAUCCCCCAAGAUGCUGCGACCAUCCCUCACUCUGCCACGCCCCAGGUGCUCACAGUGUGUAUCUACAUCAACAAGCAGGCCAACAUGGGUCCUAACCUGGAUAGGAAGAAGCUGCAGCAGCUCCCAGAUCAUUUUGGGCCUGACAGGCCUUCUGUGGUGCUGCAGCAGGCUGUCCAGGGGUGCAUCGACAGUGCCUUCCAGCAGAAAGCUGUGUUCACUCUCCUCACACAGGGCUACGGAGGAGAGAAAAUAUCAGCCACCUUCGAUGGGAAGCAGCACCUUCUGAGUCUGCCUGUGGUCAACAGUGUCGGCUACGUGCUACGCUUCCUCAAGAAGCUCUGUCGCAGCUUGCACUGUGAAAACCUCUUCAGCGACCAGCCAAUCACCCAGCAUAAUGCCUCCUACCAAUCAGAGGCUGAAACCUCCAUGCCAGAGGAGUACCUUCUGGACCCGUCAGACAAACGCUACUCAAUGGACCCAGGUGACUCCGCCUUUAGUGCCAUAAGCUCCUCCUACUCAUCCAAACCGUCCUAUGGGUUUCGCUCCUCGCAGCAAUUCCCCAACAGCUCCUCCCCCAUGGGCAUGUGUAGACAGACGUCUAGUCCAAAUACUUUCCUGGAAGGUAACAGGAUAGCGUACAAUCCAUCUCAGGACUCCCAGGAGUCCAAGGGGCCCCCCAGUAAGGACCCUUCCACCUGGAGUGUAGAGGACGUGGUGUGGUUCAUCAGAGACGCUGACCCCCAUUCCCUGGGCCCUCAUGUGGACAUAUUCAGGAAGCAUGAGAUAGACGGCAACGCUUUGUUACUCCUAAAGAGUGAGAUGAUGAUGAAGUACCUAGGACUGAAGCUGGGGCCAGCCCUGAAGCUCUGCAAUCACAUCGACAAACUAAAACAAAACAAGUUCUGAAUCUGAACAUUUUUUUCACUCCAUCAAUCUGUGGGACCCAACUUUGUGGAUGCCACCCAAAUGGCACCUUUAUAUAGUGCACUACUUUUGACCAGAGCACUAAGGGUCCUGGUCAAAAGUAGUACACUAUAUAGGAAAUAGGGUGCCAUUUGGGAUGCUAUAUUUGACAAAUUAUUUAGCAUUUUCAGAUGUUAUGUAGCUAAUGAAACAAAAAUUGUAUUCUGACGGAAUACAACGUUUUGGGGAUAUUCUAGUUUUUAUGUUGAAAUAACUUUUUGGUUUAUACAGAUGGCACAAUAUGCUAAUUCUGGAAUGCAUAACUGAUACACUGGCAGGCAAUAUAGGGAAAAGUAGACUAUACUACUUCGAGGAUAUAGUUGUCCCAUAAAUGAGUUUAUUAAUGUACCUAUGUGCCCAAAGUACAUAGCAAGUCACAUUUAUGAUCUGUUGAGAAGUGGGAAUUGUUUUAGAUAAACUAUUAUUUAUACUUGUUCUCCUAAAAACGUAGUUAAGGCCCCACAAAUGUGUGUUAAACACAUAAAAAUUGUCCCAUAUUGUUUUGAUUCUAUACCCUCACAUAAGUGAUUUGAAUAUGUCAUAGGGUUGAAGCUACAGUUCCAGUUCCACAUAUGGUUUUGCAAAAUCUAUACACAUCAAUGUAAACUCAUAUUGUGAAGCAUGUGAUUAGAAACAGGAGUUUAAGCCCAUGUUAAACAUUAUUAAACUCUUUUGUUUUUUACACAAAAUAAUGUAAACUAAACUCAGUGCAGAAAUACAAAUGACUUUGCAUACUGUUUUACAUAUUAUUUUGAUAAAAUGGUAAAAAAAAAAAACAUGUUUGUGCUCAAAUACAUGACACAUGAGCCAUUUCUAGUUGAAUAUACCAGAUUGUCAAAUAAUCAUCAUCUUCAGCCACCUUACAAAUUCAUUGAAACUUGAUUGUGUGGGUAUUUACUAUAUAAAUGUUUUACUACGUUAUCAUUCUUGAAACAGAGUUGGAGAGCAUACGGAAUGACAACACUCACCGGGAAAAAUGUCUACAGUGUUGGGUUAUGAGGCCAUAUAGCAUUGCUUGUGUGUGCCAGUUUGGCAGUAUGUGUACAUUUUAGUAACCAGUGUAUGUGAAUGGAGCUGUAUAUGAUUACAUGUUAGCCAUGCCAAGUCAAAUCAAGCUGGGACAAUGUCUUUUAUUUUGAAAAUCAUAUUGGAAAGAUAUACUGUAAGUCAGAGAAUAACCAAGGUAUGGAUGAGUUUAUUUGUACUGGUGCUAAAGAAAUUCUCAAUGUAUUGAAUAUCUCAUGUUUGCUUUUGUGUUGUGAGUUUUAAAUGGAAAACACUCAAUGUGUGUAUUUAACCUGGCUGUGUAUCCUAAGUAUUAAAUUAAGAAAAUAUUAAGGAAACAA